CAUGUGGGCACAAGGAGAGAAGCAGUGAGCUGAGUUAUGGUGAACGUAAUGGAUUUACUUCAUAGCUCAUGAUAAUGAAUACAAGCUUAUUUCUGUAGUCACUGAGCCUGGGCUAUCCAGCAGCAUGUUAUCCCUCCAGCUGUGCAGUAGGUCCUGGUGUAGGGCAAUAGGUGCCAACAGAGUGCCAGUAUGUCUGACCACUGCUGGUUUCAUGCCCUACAUAAGCCGGGUACCAGUUUACAACCCUGUUCAGACCAUAAGUGCAACGUGUAGCGUAAACGCCGCUCGUGUAGACAGAGACGGUUCCUCUGUUAAAUAUCCGAGGCAGUCUGAAAGGAAGGAAUACCUGAGAGGCUCAUCUGUGUUCUCUGCUGGUGCCGCCAAAACAAGGUCUGACAAGAACAGAGAUUUGACCGCCGGAGGCAAGGGCCUAUCUGCCCGUGUAAAUGAUGGUAAAGUAGCUUUGCCCCCUGGGCCGUUGACUGCCGAUGGCUGGAAGAACCUUAAACUGGACCAUAAAGAAGACAGUAAUUUUGAAGAUCAUGCAAUGGCUCAGAUGAUUAAAACCAAUGCUGAUAUAGACAUUGCCAAGUCCUUGUUGUCUUACGUGGCGGGAAAGGACGGCGACGUUACGUACAAGUUACUCCUAAAAUAUCUGGUGCUAUGUGUGCAACAGAAGCAGAUCAAGGAAAUCUAUGACAUGUGUGACAUCAUGAAAAUGAAAUUCCAGACUUUGGAAACCGGGGUUCACAGUCUCCUUAUUAAAGGCCUGUGCAACACUGACCGCUGGAGGGAAGCGAUAGAUUCUUUAGAAACCUUAAAAAAGGCCGGCACCCCAUCCGCCAGGAAUUAUGGAGAGUGUAUCAAAGGAGCGAUCGACCAUCGGGAUGACGAGCUGGCCUGGACCCUUUAUGAUGAAAUGCUACAGAGAGACUUGGUGCCCCCUGAAGAGUCCAUUCAGAGCCUGUUUAACGCGGAUCAGGACCUACAGGAUCAGGAUUUCAGGGACAGGCUUAUUGGUGUCCUCAGAUAUUUCAGGGAAAGUCAAAUCUACCCUGGGCAACCUCUGAUGAAAACCAUCAAGUCCUGGUUUGAAAGAAUUCCCAAUGAAACUUGGAAAGGGCAGCUUACCAAAGUCACUGACAGUGGUCACUGUCAGGCUUGUAAAGAACCACUGGAGUCCAUUCACCUGACGCCAGAGGAAUACAGCACCCUGAAGAAAGUGGUCAUUGACAGUGUCAUCAAGGGGGAGGAUACUUUUCGUAAGACCACCCCAGAGGAACUGCAGACAUUUCUUAAAUUUGUGGAUUCUCAGCCGCCCUAUGAUAUUGUGGUAGAUGGACUGAAUGUUGCCUAUCUCUCCAGAACAAAUCCACUUUCAACUCCUCUCCUGACUGUAGUCUCCUGUCUGGCAGCAAGGGGCAAAAGGAUCCUGGUGCUCGGUAGGAAGCACAUGUUAGUCAACUCCAAAAAAUGGCUAAAAGAGGACAUUCGGCGCUUGGAGGAAUGUGCAGACUGUUUUUUCCUUGACAACAUAUCACUAGAUGACCCUUUCCUACUGUAUGCCUGUCUAAGCUCUGGUAGUCACUGCUGCUUCAUUACCAGUGAUCUUCUAAGGGACCACAAAGCUUGUCUGCCCAAUACAGAAACACAGCGUCUCUUCUUCAAGUGGCAGCGGGGUCACCAGCUGGUGCUUCCCUUCUACUCCUCAGGGAAUGUUCAUUUACGGCCAAUCCUGACUUAUGACACCAUCCUGCAGAAUACAGAUGUUUCUUGGCACAUUCCGUAUGAUGAAGCCGGGGUGAAGAGAGCUUCCUACGAGGUUCCCAAGACAUGGCUGUGUCUGAGAAAGUUAGCCUGACGACAAAAUGAUCCCCACAGCACAUCUACAAGUGACAUCAUCACUCUCUGUCCCUAAUGGGGCUCACAAUCUGAGUUCCCUAUCAGUAUGUCUUUGGAUUGUGGGAGGAAACUGGAGAACCCGGAGGAGAUCCACGCAAACACUGGGAGAACUUGCAAACUCCAUGCAGAUGUUGUCUGCGGUUAAACCUAGGACCCCAGCACUGCGGCGGUUAGCACUAAAAAUCAUAAAAUAUGUUGAAAUUAUUUGUACAAUUCAUCUGCAAAUGUUUGUUAUGCUGUUUAAUAUUGAUUUUCAGUUGUUGUUUUUUUUUACUCCUGGCCUUUUCGGAGCAAUAACUCUUUUUUUUCCCCAUUCUUAUAGCCAUAUGAGGGCUUGUUUAUUGCAGGAAAAGUUGCACUUUUAAAAAGGCACCAUUAAGGCUAGUUUCACACUUGCGGCAGGACGGAUCCGGCAGGCUGGUCUCCCUUUCGGAUCCGUCCUUCCGCUGUUUCGCCGUAUCGCCGGACCGCUGCUCCGUCCCCAUUGACUAUAAUGGGGACGGGGGCGGACCUCUAGCGCAGCACGGCGGUUCACGGCGUCAUGCAGGACUUUUUAUUCCGGCGGCUUUCGCCGUGCUGCGCCGGAGCUCCGCCCCCGUCCCCAUUAUAGUCAAUAGGGACGGAGCGGCGAAACAGCGGAAGGACGGAUCCGACAGGGAGACCAGCCUGCCGGAUCUGUCCUGCCGCAAGUGUCAAACUAGCCUAACGGUUACAUACAAUGAAGUGUUGAAACUUGAAAAACUUCUAAAAGGGGUGGAACUGGGAAAAACGCAUUACCGCCACAGUUUUAUGGAUUUUGUUUUUACAGUGUUCCCUAUGCGAUAAAACUGACAUAUGUCUGUCAUUCUCUGGGUCAGUACGAUUACAGCAAUACCAUAUGUGUAGUUUUUCUUUUGUUUUAGUACAUAAAAAUAAAAACUUUUGAAAAUA